CGACAGAGAGAGACACACAUAGACAGACAGCGAGACACACAGCCUACUAGAAACAUGGACACACAGAACAGCCACUCACACACAGCCCCCUCUCUCCUCUCUCCUCAUCUCAUCCAAACCGGCAUCUCUCUGCCCAAUCGCAAUCUCUCGCAUCCCAUAUGUGUGUGUGUGUGAUUCUCUACGCGACGGUCUCGAUGGCCUCCAUGGGAAUGGGCCCGAUGGCGCCCACCCAUCCGUUAAGCCCCGUGCUGUCCUCAUCCUCGAGACGGAACAUCUGAUCGUCUGGUCACACACACACACACACACAACACAGAGACGGUCAUUCGUCAGUUGGCUGUGAUGAGAGGGUGUCCUGUGGGUGUGGGUGGGGGUGGGUGUGGGCGUGGGCGUCUUACUCUCUCCGUAAGGAUGCUGGCACACCGCACUCAGGUAGGCGAAGCCGUUGAUGUUGGUGUUCCUGCGUAUUCAUGACACAUCCAUCCAUCCAUCAAACACAAAGCACGUCGCUGAGUGUGUGGCCACAAUCCAUCCAUCCACACCAGUAGACAGCGGUGGUCUCAGCGCCGAACGGGCAGGUGAAGAUGCGCGUCAGUUCGGUCUUGUUGCCCAGCUGCGCACACACAUUGACACACACACACACACAUAUGCGGCCAAGUGUGGCCAUCAAGAGAGCGACACAUGCGCACCUGGUCGUCCCACAUGAAGUUGUUGAUGUGGUAGCCGGUGUCCUCGCCAAUCACCAGCACCUUGAACGAGGGGAUGAACGCGAUGUUGUCGGGGUUGCUGCACCCAGUCAACAUCACCACACACAGCCACACACAGGGAGCCGAUCAGACUCGCCUGACCGUGCUGUCAACACACGCACCUGAUGCCCGCGACGUCGCAAUAGUUCUCUGGUACGGUCGUGUUCGGACGGCCGCACACCUUCACACACACACACACACACACACGUAUGUGUUGAGACAGACAGGAUUGCACGCGUGUGUUGUGUUGUGUGGAUCUCAUCCCACUCACCUCAGGGUACAUCCUGACGGUGGUAUACUCGGAGAUGUCGGUGGCCUCGACCGGCAGAGCGUACACACAACCACACUGGACACACACGCACACACACAGACGCGGGCCCAUGAAGGGGGGGCCAACAUGGCGACCGACACGCACGCGUGUGUACCCACCUGGUUGUACUCGACGGUGAUGGCGUUGGGGCCGCCGAUGUCGUAUUGCAGGUCGGGCUCUGAAGGCGCACCACACACACACAUACAGACAGACAGACACCUCGAUGUGCAGGUGGGUUGCAGACGCCGACACAGACACACACACUCACCGCCCUUCCUCUUGUUGUCCUCCAUGCCGUAGCGCACGUCGCUCAUCGCUAUGUACAGGCUGACAGUCAUCACACACACGUGCUUGCAGGUGUCCAUGUCUGUCUGUCUGUCUGUCUGCUGCUCACAUGCUCAGCUCGGGGGCGAAGGUCAUGCCUUCCCACUGCACACAAGAACACACACCACACACAAACGCCCUCGUACCUCUCUCUGUCCACAGACAUUGUCUUGUCUGGAUGCAGUGGAAGGCACGCACCUUGCUGAACUCGGUCGUGCCGCCGAGCAUGGCGGAGUAUCUUCUGGCCUCGAAGAAGGCCGCCGCCACCUCCAUGCCCUCACGCAGACUCAGGCACUCCCAACCUGGGAUGGAUGCGCGCACCAACACACACACAGAGCUCACACACGUGCACAGCGGUAGUGUGUGUGUGUGUGUGUGUUGUGUAUACAGGUGUACCGUUGAGCGUGUUGAUGGACGUGAACCCGUCUUCGCAGCUCUCGGUCUCCUCGAUGGGCUCAGACACGUCAAAGAUAUCGAAGAACGUCGUGUUGGCCUCAAUCAGCUGCACACACACACAUCCCACUGAUUUGUGCCCCCGGAUGGAUGGAUGGACGGACGGAUGCCUACCGCAGCGAGUUCGUCCUGCGUGGCGUGGCCCAGCUUGAUCCACUCGAUGUCGAACUCCCCGCCGCCCUGCAACGUGGGAGCGAACGUGCAUUCACACACACACGUGUGCAUGGUGGUGGGUGGGGAUGAGUGGGAAAGUACCGUGCUGUUGGUCUGCGUGAACUUGGCGGCGUAGAGGGUGGCCGACGAGUAGUCGUGGGGAGUGUCGAGCACCGCCAUGUGCCUGCAUAAACAAACGCACCAGACACGCAUCGCGUGUGUGUGCGUGUGUGUGCGCGUGUCCGUCACGGGAGUGUGUCUUCGUGGUUUUACCAUACGACAUUGGUGCCGUCGUCGCUCAUGUAGACGGUGACAUUGUCGGGCAUCAUGUAGCCGAGCUCGUUGGACCGACGACCUGCGUGACGUGUGUGCAAGUGGGGGUGUGGUGUAGGUCACCGUCUAUGUGUGUGUGAGGGUCGACGUACCGAGAGCAUAGUACUUGCUGACAUUGGCGUUGCCCUGGUCAUCGAGGUCCAUCUGACAUACAUACACACACGCGUGUCGUGUGAUCGUGUGACGCAUGGGAUAAUGGGCGUGAGGGUGCGGUGCAUGCUAUGCUAUGCUAUGCUAUGUGCAGAGAGAGACAUCUAGUCUAGUGGGUCGGUGCGUUCGUUCUCCCUCCCACCCCCCUGCCCUACCCCGACAAUGUAUCCGUAUUUGUAGGGGUUGAAGGUGCUCUUGAUCGCGUCGGCCGUCAGGUUGACCUCGUUGUAGUAGCCGAAAUACCUACACACACACACACACACACACACCCAUAUAGGUCCACUCCACGCCACAGCCACAAGAUACCCACCCUCACCCGACCGACUCACCUCAUGUAGUCGAUGAUGUCUUGCAUCUCCGAGGUGGCAUCGGCGAGGCCCUCCUCAGUCAGCUCCAUCACCGAGCGGGCGUCAGGCUCGUACUCCUCCCCCAGCAGCCGCGUGCCGGCAGGGGUGACAGAGCCCGCACACGGGAUCUGCACAUCAAUCAUUUUUGCACACGUGCAUACAGGUUGUGGUCUUCUUGGCUCACUCCAUCCGCUCACCCAGAGGCCGCCCCAUUCGGCGAAGUCGAUGCGCUCGCUCUCCACCGCUGUCAGGUUGCCGUUCUCACUCUGCGCCAACCUCACCUGCACACACAUCACAUCACACCACAUCACAUGACCUCACGCAAUCCGACAGGCGGGCCAUUUGACUGACGGACGGACGGACUGACCUUGUAGAGCUCGCCAGGACGGGGCCUCUCGAAUUGGGUGACCUGCAUUGGAUGCAUCACCACACACACAAGCACACCAAUGUUGUCUCGUCUCGAUGUAUCUGUAUUAUCUCGUUUGGAGCAUGUGGGCACCAUCCAUACCAUGUAGACCGUCCCGUCGGGCGUGACGUGGAAAGAGGAGAAGUCGGGGUCGUGCGCUAUCGUCGGCGUGAAGGUGCCGUCAUCCGCCAUCUAAACCAGGGAACCGACCAGCCACAGCACAGCACAGACGAGUAAGCACAUGUGUGUGUGUGUGCGUGUGUGUGCGGCUGGCUCGCUAACGUCAUAGACGGGUGUGUUGUUGACGUUCAUGACGGCUCCGAAGGUGUCGCCCUCAUAGGGGUGCUCCUCACGCCACUCGGGGCCAUCUGCAGGCACCCACACACCAAGACAGACACACACGACAAACGUGUGUAAUAAUUGGGCUGUACGGGUGGCGAGUGCGUAGACUGUCCGGCUGGCUAGCUGGCUGACCUCUGAGGAUGUUCAUGAAGGAGACGUUGUAGUCCCUGCCGUUGAUCGUCACCCUCUCGGUGCCCAACACUGCACACACACCACACCCACAAGACACGACAGCCACACAGAGACAAGGUCAAACUAUCGACUGACAGAUCUGCGCCCCCCAGUCGAAUGCACUGCACGCAUCCAUCUUCCGCGCACGACCCCCCUCCCCACUGCCAUGCGUCCCACCCCCCGCAUGCCGCCCUUCUGUGCUCACCCUGGUGCUGCUGCUCCUUUUCGGGCAGCGGCACAUUCUGGAAAUGCAUCGAGGGAUCCGCGACCUGGCACCUCACCACGCCCACCGACGCCAGCAGCAGCGUCAACACAGCCGUUGCGAAAGUCAUCCCGUGUGCGAAGGGGGAGAGGGUGGAAGGGCGGUGGGAGGCGGUAG